UUGGUAAGUAAUGAAUUUGCAUUCACGAAUUCCAAUUCUGAACUCUCACGGUAGCUAUUUGGCGCUGUAAAGCAUUCCUUUAGCGGCCAACUGCAACUAUCUGGGACAAAAAAUGAUUCGCUUGUGCUGGGAGCCGCAAACACACAUCGCGUUCGAACAGGCAUCUGCUCUUGCCCACAGCAAUAUGGCCGCGACUGCUGCUUUAAACUGCCCAGAGCGCCCGUCCCGUUGCUCUGGGAGUUUCAGCCGUUUCCGGUACGGCGGCAUGCACGCAAUCGUAGCGGGGCGUAAACAACGGGACCACAAAGCGGGACCUAUGAAGGUGCGGGUGUUCUCCGCAUAGCUCUGUGUUGUGAACUCGCUCUAGGUAUGACGGCAGCAGAGCCUGCCGCUCGUUGCCGAGAGAUCGAACGCAAGUUCAGGGUGCCGCCAGACGUCGAGCGGCGCCUGCUCGCACUCGGAGCCAGCCUCGUGUCGCGUAGGACCUUCGUAGACGCUUACUACGACACGGAAGACUACUUCCUCUGCCUGCGAGACCACUGGCUUAGGUUGCGUAGCGAUGAGAACAACACGUGGGAGCUGAAGCAUCGCAGAAAGGGAGACGCGUCGUGCGGAGCAGCCGCUGCCUACCGAGAAGUGCGCGGUGACGCUCAGAUAAUGGCGACGCUCGGAGAAGUGCUUCCACGGGCUAGGCUCGUGAAUGACGCCCAGCGGGUCAGCGACCUGGUCGCCAACGGCACGCUUCGGGAGUUGGCACUGAUAACGACCGUUCGCAAGACGUUCAAGGCGCCGGGAAUGAACGCCGUCGUGGACAUUGACGAGACCGACUGGGGCUUUUCGGUCGGCGAAAUAGAGGUCGUGCUCGUCGAAUCUGACGACGGAUCGGAUCUGGCCGGAGCCGACGUCGAGAGGGCCACCGCCGAGAUCGCGGCGCUCUCCUCCCAGCUUGGUGUCGACGAGGAAGGGCCGCCGCCGGAAGGAAAAGUGGAAAGUUACCUGAAGCUUCGACGACCUGAGCUGUAUUAUCGCCUGCUCGACUGUAUAUGGUCACGUCACAAAGCUACAGACAUCUAAGCCUCGCGUGAAAGUCACGGCACUGCGCACGAAACCCGGCCAUCACGUAUUUUGAGAGAAAUCUCAAAUAACUAAAAUACUCUGCUCCAUGGUAUGCGAACUGGAGAUGGUCUGGGUAAAAAUUCAAUGCUCUUCCACUCAUUGAAGAAGGGUGACCAGCGAAGCUGUGAAUGUGGGUCCCUUAUGGCGAACUGCACCUCCGCCAUGGGUCGGCCCGGUGCUGCACUAUCUUCGGGAUCGGCCCACGUAUGGGGAGUGCUUAAAGCGUGCUUCACCUCCGCCGCGGGUCGGCCCGGCAUUGCACUUUGUUUGGGAUUACACGUAUGAAGAAUUGUUGGUCUAAAUCCACGGAGGCGAGAUCCGCCAGAACCUAGCCAUAAACAGUUUCGCUGUAAAAAGUGACAGUCGCUUAAUAACUAUCCUUACGUGAUUUGAAUGCGAAAGCAUUAUGACUUCUCAAAGUUAUCACCUAAGUUAAAGCUCAGCCUUAAUCCACCAUGCUCUAAUUUGUAGAAACCUUAGUCUACUUUAAUCCACAUUAAUCUACAUUAUUCCACAGUCACCCAAUUUAAUCCAUGCUGAUGAUUAUCUUUCCUGCCAAUCGUUGCGGACAUCGCCGGCUUUAAUUUCUGCCUUGUGGGACAUACAAUGCUUUCGCACUAUAAUACGUACCUUGAUUGCGUAAUAAGCUUUAGCUUCUCGGUAUAGCUUUGAGCUCGCUCCAAAAUCCUAGCACGGAGCAGCGCAUUUCUACCGACAGUCGAGAUUGAGUACAGCCAUGAGUACAGCGCAUCUCCGCACUGCCAGUGUCCACAUAUGCAUCCGCCGGCGGGCCCCAAGCGGGGACCCCUGGAACUUCAGCCGGAGACGAGUCGCAUCCAGCAGCAGCAUCGUGUUCUAGGACUAAAUAAACUGGUAUUUUUUAUUAAA